AUGGCGGGGAGGACACGCCGGUGGCUAGUUGUCCUCCUGGGCUGGGUGAUGACAGUUAUCUGCCAGAAUGGUGGCACCUACGAUGGCAUCAAGUGUCUCUGCACCCCGUAUUUCUACGGCGACUUGUGCCAGUUCUCCACCAACUCCAUCGAGACCGCCCUCCCUUUUCCGGGGACAAUCUUAGCCAACGUGGGGCUGGUGGUGACCGUCACCAACUUCAACUACACGGAGGAGUUGCAGGACACCCAGUCGGAGACCUACCGCAAUUUUGAGGAGCACUUUCGGAGGGAGAUAAAGAAGAUUUAUGGGAACAUCCCUGGCUACGAGGGCGUGAAGAUCAUCAGCCUCAAGCCCGGCAGCAUCGUGGUGGACCAUCAGAUCUUCUUCACCAUGAUGAAUAGCAGCAACAUGAUGGAGAAUUUUGAGGAGAUAACGAAGAAUCUGGUGGAGAGGUUGGAAGAGACGGUGGCCAACCAGGGCGCUUGUCUGCACAACAGCUCCAUCCUCUGCCUCACCGUGUCGCCCAACCCCAUCGUCAGGAACAUGACGGAGACGUCUUCUGUGAACGAGAUCUGCUGGCUGCGAGCACCCAGCAACUACCGGGAUUUCUACUACCUGGUGAUCGUGGAGGACGUCAUCCAUUGCAUCACCAACUGCACGCCCAACAUGCCGACCACCAUGGACUGUCACUACGGCCAGUGCCACAUCACCCGGGCCGGUCCCCAGUGCUUCUGCCAGGACGAAGCCCUGUACUGGUACACGGGCGCUCGCUGCUCCGGCCGUGUCAGCAAGUUGGCCACUGGGUUGGGGUUGGUGGCCACCGUGUUGCUCAUCGCUUGCAUCGUCCUCGCCGUGAUGUUGGUCAGGAGCCGCCGGAGGAAGUACAGGCUGAGUGACUCUCUACCCUACGCUGGUGGCAACUGGUAUGAGGAGGACAGCUUCACCUGGCACUCGCCCGAUGGCUUCCUCUACCGCAACAUGGGAGCCCAGAGCGCCGUAGGUGAACCCCAACCCCAGUUUGGGGUGAUGGAGACCAACGCUUUGGGAAGACCCCCAAGACAACCAACCGCCCCCCGCCAUCAUCCUUCUGUAGCUGGUGAGGGUCCACACAAAUUCACACCUUCGCUGGAGCUGGUGGACACCUCAAACCCGAUGAAGAUCUCCAGGCCGAAGCUCACAACCCAGCUAUGAUCCUGCACCGGGGACAUCUUGGCUGUCAACAGAGGAAGCUCCAACUGGGAUGAAGAGCAGAGAUCCCUCAACCUCAACUCAAACGGGUCUUCUCUUCCAAAGAGGAGACCCAAAUCCACCCGGAGUGGCCGGACCACCGGCACGCGGGUCGUGCCGAAACCCGGGUGAGAUACCUGGGGUGGGCAACACCUUCCGCCCCCCCGAUAUUUAUUAUUUAUUUGGAUGAUGAAGGCUGCAGCGCCGGGUGCCACCAGAACGCCCACGUCUCCCAGGUCCAGCCCUGGGGGUGGGGGGAGCCGCAC